CGGAUAUCUUACCUAAGCGAUCAACCUCAACUAUUCGAUAACUGCCUCACGUGGAGAACCUUCAAUUUCGGGCUUUUCGAUCGACUCAGUAUCUUCUGUCCAGUCUUGGAAAUUAGGACAACCGGGUACGGAGACCAUGUCAGCCCGAUUCGAGAACCUACCAGAUGAGCUCAAGCUGGCAACAGCGGCUCACGUGAAAUACGUUCAGAGUCUGGACACGCGCAGGGAUGAGUACGACUACUGGCUGACAGAGCAUCUGCGCCUGAACGGCCUUUACUGGGGCUUGGUUGCGCUCCAUCUACUCGGACACCCUGAAGCGCUUCCCCGCGCCGAGACCAUCGACUUCGUUCUCUCGUGCCAACAUGAGAGCGGAGGGUUCGGGGCCGCGCCCGGUCACGACGCUCAUAUGCUGUAUACAGUUAGUGCUGUACAGAUCCUGGUCAUGAUCGACGCCCUGGAUGAGCUGGAAUCGCGCGGCAAGGGGAAGGCGCAAGUAGGCAAGUUCAUCGCGGGUCUUCAGAACCGCGAAAGCGGCACGUUUGCAGGAGACGAAUGGGGUGAGGAGGAUACCCGCUUUCUCUAUGGUGCACUGAAUGCCCUGUCUCUCCUGGGCUUGCUAUCGCUCGUCGACGUUGAUAGGGCCGUACGGCACAUCGUUGCAUGCACCAACUUUGACGGCGGCUACGGCGUAGGCCCCGGCGAUGAGUCGCACUCCGGACAGAUCUUCACUUGCGUUGCGGCGCUCGCCAUCGCGGGGCGGUUAGACCUGGUCGAGACGGACAAGCUUGGUCAAUGGCUCAGCGAGCGGCAGGUCGCAGGCGGUGGGCUGAACGGACGGCCCGAAAAGGACGAGGACGUGUGCUACAGCUGGUGGGUAUUGAGCAGUCUGGAGAUCAUCGGACGCACGCACUGGAUCGACAGACAGAAGCUCAUUACCUUCAUUCUCAAAUGCCAGGACCAGGAGCUAGGGGGCAUCUCGGAUCGGCCCGGCAACACGGUCGAUGUGUGGCACACGUGCUUCGGCAUGACGGGGCUGAGCCUGCUGGGGUAUCCGGGGACGGUAGCGGUUGAUCCAGUGUACUGCAUGCCUAAGCCAACGAUCGACAGGGUGCUGGGGAGGAAGCCGUAGUGAGUUCGUGAUGGAAUAGGCCACUUGGGAUACCGACGAGACGCACUGCACAAUAACGAUGCCAGGAGACAUCACGAUACACAUACCUCUUGCAAUCUAAUAACCUGCUAUUCCGAAUCUUGACGGUAGCAAGGAUACAAGGCGAGAGAAGAGAAAAAGUGUUGGCUUCUUUCAUAGGCUCCGCGGUCACCUUUUGCGAUUUGCCAUGAGUUAGCCUUCGAACACUUCCAAAGCUAUGAGUGUAGUGUCUGGCCCAGAUUACAGACUGGGUCGAACGCUCUUAAUGGUGCACGAAUUACCUUGACUCCAUCAACUUCCGUUGCCCCUGGUGCUUAACAUAUAUCCUUAUCCCACUGCAAAUCUGUUUGAGAAGCAAACCAAA